ACAACAGGGCGGGGUGGGCGUGACCGGCGUGUAACCCCGCCUCUCGGCACCCCGCCCCGCCCGGGCAGCUGUCAGAGGAGGCGGCGGCGACGCGGCCGGUCCCGCGGGCAGGCGGCCGAGGCGGCGGCGGGAUGCAGCGCUGAGGCGGUCACCGCGCGCCGCGGUCGCCUCCCGCUAGCAGCCCAUGAUGUGUCUGGAAAGCGACGGCUCCUCCGGCAGCAGCCCGGGCUGCGGCGGGCGGCUCCGAGCCGGGGACGAAGAGGAGGAAGAGGACGGCGAACGGGGCUGCUGCGGUCGGGGCGCCGAGGGAGAAGUGCAGACCCUGUCGGGCAGGAUGAACCCGCCGGCGGUCGGCAAACGCCCGGAGCGCCCGAUCGUCCGCCGCAAGGCACCCAGCCUCGGCCGGGCCCGGGUGGCGGCCGCCGGCAUCCUCAGCGUGGGCAACGUGCUCAACUACCUGGACCGGUACACCGUGGCAGGUGUGUUAUUAGACAUCCAGCAGCACUUUGGAGUCAAAGACAGCGGGGCUGGCUUAUUACAGACAGUUUUCAUCUGUAGCUUCAUGGUGGCAGCGCCUAUCUUUGGUUACCUUGGUGACCGUUUCAACAGAAAGAUCAUUCUCAGCUGUGGGAUCUUCUUUUGGUCAGCUGUCACCUUUUCAAGCUCCUUCAUCACUGAGCAGUAUUUCUGGCUUCUUGUGCUCUCACGGGGUUUGGUCGGCAUUGGUGAAGCAAGUUACUCAACUAUUGCACCAACCAUCAUAGGAGACCUUUUCAACAAAAACACCAGGACCCUUAUGCUGUCUGUUUUCUAUUUUGCAAUUCCUCUUGGCAGUGGCUUGGGAUACAUCACUGGAUCAAGUGUGAAGCAGGUUGCUGGAGACUGGCACUGGGCGUUGCGGGUAUCUCCACUCUUAGGAAUGAUAACAGGCACACUCAUCUUGAUAUUUGUACCUGCUGCUAAAAGAGGAAAUGUUGAACAACUUGGGGGACAGCUGAAGGCUCGGAGCUCAUGGCUAAGAGACAUGAAGGCACUGAUUAGAAACCGCAGCUAUGUGUUCUCAUCAUUGGCCACCUCAGCUGUUUCCUUUGCCACUGGGGCACUUGGCAUGUGGAUCCCUCUCUACCUUCACAGAGCACAAGUUGUGCAGAAGACAGCAGAGACUUGCAGCUCGCAGCCCUGUGGCACCAAAGAUAGCUUGAUCUUCGGAGCAAUCACAUGCUUCACUGGUUUCCUGGGUGUAAUCACAGGGGCUGGGGCAACCAAAUGGUGUCGGUUAAAAACCCAGCGAGCUGAUCCUCUUGUCUGUGCUGUUGGCAUGCUAGGAUCAGCCAUCUUCAUCUGUCUGAUCUUUGUCGCUGCCAAGAGCAGCAUUGUGGGAGCCUAUAUUUGCAUUUUUAUCGGAGAAACUCUUCUGUUUUCAAACUGGGCUAUCACAGCAGACAUACUAAUGUAUGUGGUCAUCCCAACACGCCGUGCAACCGCAGUGGCCUUGCAGAGUUUCACUUCGCACCUUCUGGGAGAUGCUGGCAGUCCUUAUCUGAUUGGAUUUAUCUCAGAUCUGAUACGACAAAGCACAAAGGAGUCCCCACUCUGGGCGUUCCUCAGCUUGGGGUAUGCACUCAUGCUCUGCCCAUUUGUCGUUGUCCUAGGAGGGAUGUUUUUCCUGGCCACAGCCCUAUUCUUCCUCAGUGACCGAGCCAAAGCUGAACAACAGGUGAACCAACUUGUGAUGCCACCAGCCUCUGUGAAAGUCUGAGAUGUUGAAGGUGAAGGAAACCACGUGCGGACUCCUGCUUCCAGCAACAGCCUCAAGCUCAAAGCCCUUCCACACUGGAAAACGGUGGCUCCCUCAGCUCCAUGCCACCCUGGAAGGGCUACAUAGCAGCAUCAAAUCCACCGCGCCACUCCAGCCUGCAGGGUCAGGCACCAGGAGAUGAGCAGGGCAGCCUGGAAAGCAGUGCUUCUUGAGCAUAAGGACAUUACAGGUUCCUCUGAGCAUCUAAAGCAACUCUCCACUGGACCCAAGUGAGUGACUGUAGAUUGUGUAUAUGGUUUUAGUUGUAGCCAACGAAGUCCACACUGUUACAGGACUUCUGUCCCAUUGAAUGCUGCUGUUCUGCCAGCACUCCCACACCCAGAGACUGCACUAGUUGGGGACCUAUUCUGUACAUCACUUUUUCUUUAACACUGAAGGCUCAAUUUAGAUUGUUAUUUUUUAUUUAAAUAUGUCCUAAGAUGCUUUAUCUGCUAAACACAUUAGAUGACAGAUAUAUAUAUAUAUAUAUAUUUAGAUAAACAGUUUUUAUUUAAACAUUUGAAAUCUGGAGCUGCCUGUGUAACCAUACCAGACAUGAAUACGUCCACAACUCUCCUCAUCUCAGUGCCCUGGUAUCAGGUCCUAGAAGGACACCACGGGAAGAGUUCCCAUGGAUGGAUGGAACCUGUCGCCUGAGGCUGAGCAAUAGGACAGAGGAGAGAGUUGCACUGCACUGGGUGUGCUGGUGGUUGUUACAGAAAGGCCCCAAACUUUGGACAGAAAUACUAGGGGCUCCAGAUUUUGCUCAGUAUACUAAAUUCAGCCUUGCCUAGGAGGUUCACAGGUUUCUAAAAUACCAAAAUCCAUCUGGCUGAAUUGCUUUACCAAGGGCCUGGUAGUGCAAUACUGCUGUGCCAGUAACAUCAUGCUUUGUUUACAUGCAUAUCAUGUUAUGUGUAUUGUCAGUGCUAAUUCUCCCUCAUCAGUAUUUUCUGAGCAGGCAGCUGAUACUCUAUAGUGCUGUUCCCUUUGGAGCAAUGGUUCGGCCAUGCAUGUCCAUCUCCACACACACUGUCCUAGAUUGCUCUUAGUGGGGUGCCUCUUAAUCAUUUAUCUUCAAGACACAAGGCCAGUGUCUGAACUAUGUAAAAGAGUUUCAAAUGCAGAAGAGUGUAGCUGUAAAGCAGUCAGAGCAUCAUUUCACAAGAGUCUUGUUUCUUGCACUUGACCUCCACAAGCCAAAUUUAUGCUACGCCAGCUUAAUACUGCAAGAGUGACAGGAAGGAAGGAGAGCACAGGCCCUGGAGAGAGUCAGGCUUCCAGAGAAAGGGCGUUUGUACAGUGAACUUCUCACUCCCUUUUUUCUGUUUAGCUGUCUCCCAGAGGUCAGACUUUCCAGACCUCCUUCUAGGUUAUGCACCCAGACAAUUUGGGUGUACCUCACUCUUGUGUUCAUGUACAAUGAGCAACUGUGGUUAAGCUGCAAGUAUGACUAAAUCAGCAAAGGAAAUGGAAAACCGGGACUGGAUGUGAGUUACAUCUCCAAGUUGGCUGUUUGUGCUGUAGCUUUGUUCAGACAUAAGAAGGUAGAGGUAGUAAAUCUGGGUUUUAUCUCCAGUUCACUUCCAGGAUGUGCUGCAAACUACAGCAAUGCAUUGUACUAGAGAUGGUUGGUAAUUCCACCAAACUGGUCACUAUUCCUACACUGCCAGUGUAUUGAGGGUGAUUCCUAUAAAAAUCUGAGCAUUUCCUCUUCAUCUGUCACGUAAAAUGCUUAAACAAUGGCUCUAGAGUUGGCUGAACAACUAAGCCAGAAAUUUUCCUUGAGUGCUUAGGCAUCCUCUGGGAAACAGCAAAUGGAUGUUAGAAAAAAUAACAAAAAGCAAAUCCAAAACAAUUUUUUGUUUCCCACCUUAUGCCCCUAUUUACAUUUGCAGGGGAAAUACCGACACUGUAGAAGCCAAAUAUUUGGCUUUAAAGGCACAUGAAUUUCUGAUUCCCAUUAAGAAAUUCCUUGUUAAGAUGGUUAAAAAGAAACAAGGCAACCCAACAAUUAGUCAUUUCAUUUCAGAUACCAAAGAAGAUUAGCCUUAUUUCCUGAGCUGCUUUUCUGAUAGGCUCUCUCUGUUUUAGCAUUUAUUGUCAACAAAAUGAAGCAUUCCUGCUCAAGUUCAGAGGUCAGGAAUUGUCCUUAAACUUAAUUCCCUGAAGGCAACAAUGAAAAGGGAACAAAGUGUUUUAUAGUUUUGCCAUCUCUCCUUGUUUGUGCCAAACCCAAUCCUUGCUGGAGAAGCACAGCACUGUUACAGGAGGCCAGCUUUAUCUUCUGUGUAUAUGAAGGAAAUUGCUGUGGAUGCUUUUUUAACAAGGAAAAAGGGACAUGAGCAAGCAAGGGAGUGAGAAGUGAGUUCUACUUGCAGCAGUCCCAGGCCAAGGGAUCCCUGAAUCCCUCCCACAUGUUCCAGGCUAAGCAAGAGAAGCCUAAGCAGCAACCAGAAUAGCUCAGUGAAGAUGAACAGGAGAAGGGACAGGAAUCCCUGCUGCUGUCCCUUUACAUGUUGUGAUCUAUACCUUAAUGGCUGAAAGCGGAAUGGUUGGAUUUCUUGUUGAGUGUGUCUUGUUUUAGCUGCAUGUUUGUAUUCCUAACUGGAAGAAUUGUUCAGUUAGAGCUCCUAUAAAAGAAUUUGAUCUAUUAGAGUGAAACCAGCUCAUUUAGAUCAAGGGUCUACAGCAUUAAGUCAACAAGAAGAGGUACAUCAAAUCUGGGCAUGAAAUAUCCAUGUCAUCAAACAGAAACUGGACCUAUGUUGCCAUCCAUGUCCCCUCCUUGGGUUCUAAGGUAGUAUUCCCCAUACCAAGAUGUUGGCCCAUUUCUGCCAGUAUGCAACUGGAGGAAAAUUUAGACUGAAUACACACUGCUUAUAUCAAAGCUGAAGAGCAACUCUUAUUAAAAUUAGUAUUUGUUUUUUUAAAGAAAGGCUGUUAAUUUGAAAAGAUUUUAAUUGAUUUUAAAUACAUAUCUUUUAGAACCCACCACAGCCAAUGAAGCAAGAUUCCAGUCUAUCACCUAAAUAAAUAGUUGUUUAGAUCAAUGUUAUGUUUCAGACUCAAAACUUCAACAUAAGAUUAAAUAGUCCCAAUUAGAACACAAAUACUUUUAAAGCCCCUGACCUCUUGCACACAAAAUGACUUAGUAUAAAUGUCUGAAAAUUAGUGUGCAUAAAAAGCAGCUCUUGAAUGCGUUUGAAAACAUGGGAAAACAGCACCAAAAGGGAGCAAGCACUACUACUCAUAUCCUCCCAUUCCAGCACACAUACAUCUCCUCAGAAGAAAAGCCAAGUGAGGGGUAAGGCAGACAGGGGAUGGUCCAGGAUGCCCUUUUGAAUCGUGACAACUUUCUUCUGCUUCACUUCAUGCACGGUGUGUGGUUUUGUUUUUAAGCAAGCAUUAACUCCCUCUGCAGCCAGUACUUUGCACCAAUGUAUUUGCUAUGAAGCAACUAGACUGCUUGUGCACAGCAAGAGGAAGAGGUAAUGGGAACUGCACAGAGAGGCAAGAAAAUUACCCAAAAAGCAACAAGCUGCCAAACCAAGUAACCACACUGCCUCCUGCUGCUGUCACUUGGAGCUAGAAUCUGAGUGGGGGAACCCAACAGCCUCUCACCUUUUACAGAACUAGCUAAGAGAGAACCUCAGGGUGACAGAAUCCUAUGAAAUGAAUGGAUGUACUCUGGAAAGCAGAGUUCUUCUCUGCACCUUCUGCCCUAAUUGUUGUCUUCUCUGUUUGCUUUAUUGUUUGGUAAACCAGCGCUUACUAUCACCUUUACUACGUGAUGUAUGGGAGUAUACAGUGUAUUUUCUUGUUAUACAAGGAGGAGUAUAAAAUAGUUUUCUGAUUUCUUUCAGAAGCAAAUGACUAUUUUAUUUUUUAAGAGCAAUUGAUUGUGAAUCUCAGAGUAUAAAAAAAGAGAAAUAAGCCAAAUCUAUACCUUUAUGUAAAUUAAGAAAUAAAAGUAUUUAAAACAUACCUCCUGUCUGCCUCUCCUCUAUCACCACUUGAUCUGAUUGCACGCUCCUGUGGUUGCUGCCUGUAGAGCUGGUUCCUAGGAUGAGGUUGCCCUCAGCUCCUGCCAGAAGCACUCUGACAUGGGUUGCAGUGAACACACCUGGGCAGCUGCCUGCCUGGAGCUGGUUUAAAAGCAACACCACAAGCAGGGAGCAGGGAGCAGAGAGAGCCAAGGGGUGGUGGAUGACAGCCCCCCCUAAGCUGGCUGCCUAGAUCUAACCCAGGGGCAGAGCUGACAAGGAUGUAAUGGGCAGAGAUAGAACCCUGCUCCAUACUCUUCCAGGCCUUUAAAGCAAGCAACAUGUGUGAGAGGUGAAAGUCCUGGCUGCUCUGAUUGACAGAGGGCUAACAUGCUGGAAGCUGCAGAUUUGGGAAGAUUUGGGAAGCAGGGCAGGAAAUCAUUCCCAAGGCAACAAGAUUGCCAUUCUCCAGGGAUCCUGCAUCAGCCACCUCCCAACUCCCUGGUUUGGUGGUUGCUUGGUUCUGCUGCUUUAGCUGCACUCUACUGCAGCACACCCGCCCUCCUGCCCCAGUCUGCACUGGCAGCACAAACAAGGCAUGUCUGCAACUAAGUGUCUCCUCUAAGCAACUUUGGAAGAGUCCUCCAUCUCCUACAGUUCUCUGCAGCAUCUCCCUUCAGCACUCAUUCCCUUCAGCACAGUGCACAUGUCCAGGCUAGGAGGCCCUCCUGCUAGCAAAGGAUUUGUCUGCCUAAAAAAUCAACUCUGAUCACUUUUUGGCAGAGUCCCUCAAGGCUUUCAGCUCCACUGUAUUGCAUAAAAGACUUAAGCAAGAUUUUAUGAAUUUUGAUGUUCCAACAGCUAAGAUCAGCAGCUCAGCAGCCUUAGCAUCCAUCAGCCAACAACAGCUAACUGCCCAUACCAGUCACUUCUUCUUGGAGCACAGACAUACAUGUGCACAUCCACAAUGGUUGUGGGUAGCAGGGACUGAACAACAAGGGCACCAGCUAAAACAGCCUCACACAGCCCUGCUCCUCCCAGCUCCACCUGCUUGGGACAACAGACAGGAGAGCUCCUUGAGCUCUGGGGACUGCAGCUAUUUACUUAUAUUUGGAAGAACCCUUCAGCUCUCCUCCUGCCAAAGAGCUUCAGAGCCCAGUAUGGCUGGAAAGACUUUCUUAAAAUCAAAGCCUAUCCCCUGACAGCCCUAAAGGUCCAGCAGCAGACAGGACAUGAAAUCGAGCAAAGUGAAGCAUUCGCAACUGUUAAGACAAAAAUAAGUGGCAGUGAAACACAAUUUGCCUGGAUUAGAGACUGCAUUCUACAAACAGUGCAU